UCCCGCCGGACUCGGAGUCAGGACAUCCCAAACGGAAAUUUGUACGCCUCUCUUUCGCCACCCACCAGCCUUAAAACGACACGAUGAGUACCGCUAUUGCUAUCCCCAAGAGAUCCUCCAGCCCCGGCAUUGUCUCCGUCUCGCCCACCGCCCCUUCUCCCCUCAAAGACCGCAUCCGUCGAAAAGACUCAAUGGCUAUAGGAUUUGCCAUCCGCCAGCCCAAGGUCCUCCACCCUGUCGAGAAUGCGGACCUUCGGCUGUUGCUUCUCGAAAAUAUUAGUCAGGAGGCCGUCGAGGCGUUCCGGGCGCAGGGCUUCCACGUAGACCAUUCGCCCAAGGCUAUGUCCGAGGACGAGCUCGUUCAGAGGAUCGGCAGCUAUCAUGCUAUUGGUAUCCGCUCAAAGACCAAGAUCACCGAGCGGGUGAUCAAAGCCGCCACCAAGGUGCGUGUCAAAAAUUGAUGCGGCGAAAGCGUGUCUCAUCGUACUGUGCCACUUCAGCUGCUGGUUAUCGGAUGCUUCUGCAUCGGCACCAACCAGGUCGACCUGCGCACAGCAGCCAAGGCUGGCAUUCCCGUCUUCAACUCUCCAUUUUCCAACUCGCGCUCAGUCGCUGAGCUCGUCAUGUCCGAGAUCGUCGCCCUUUCGCGACAGUAUUUCGAGCGUGGCUGGGAGAUGCGCCAGGGCAUCUGGAACAAACAGUCGAAAGGCUGUUGGGAGGUCCGUGGCAAGACGCUGGGUAUCAUUGGCUACGGCCACAUCGGCUCGCAGCUAUCUGUGCUUGCGGAGGCAUUUGGCAUGCGCGUCUUAUUUCACGACGUAAUCAACAUCAUGCCUCUCGGCCAGGCUCGCCAGGUUGAGUCUCUCCACGCUCUGCUUCGACAGUCAGAUUUCGUCACUCUUCACGUACCCGAACUUCCCGAGACUACGAACAUGAUCUCCAGAGGGGAGCUCGCCCAGAUGAAGCGCGGCUCGUACUUCAUCAACAACGCGCGAGGCAAGGUCGUCGACAUCCCUGCCCUUAUCGAUUCCCUGGAGUCGGGGCACCUUGCCGGUGCCGCCAUUGACGUCUUCCCCGCUGAACCCGGUGCGAACGGGGCGCCGUUCGACGACUCCCUCGGUCCCUGGGCCACGACUCUCCGUCAGAUCCCCAACGUUAUCCUCACCCCACACAUCGGUGGCUCGACGGAAGAGGCGCAGCGCAUGAUUGGCGACGAAGUCUCCUUGGCGCUGGCCCGCUAUUUGAACAACGGUUCGACCGUUGGCGCAGUCAACUUCCCCGAGGUCGACCUGCGCGCACUCCCCGACGAGCAGGACAGCAAUGUCCGCGUCUGCCAUGUACACAACAACAUCCCCGGUGUCCUACGCCAAGUCAACGAGGUCCUCUCGCCGUACAACGUCGAAAAGCAGUACUCCGAAGCGAAAGGCGAGAUCGCAUACCUCAUGGCAGACAUCUCAGAGGUCAGCCCGCAGGACGUCAACCGCCUACGAGAACAGAUCAGCCAAACGAACGCGAACAUCCUGACUAGGUUGUUGGUAUAAAAUUAUUAACAUAUCCCUUUGUAUUACUUACUCUCUUCUCUCUUGACAUGCUGUAAUUUUGUUCAACCACGGACGAUCUUAUGUAUAAAUGGAGCUAUGAUUAGAGUACUGCGCCCAGAGGCGAUCGCCCACUCAACUGGAAAGUCCCUCACCCAUUCAACUGGUAUCAUAUACAUCCAUAGUCGCAGACACUUGUACCCAUGCUAUCAUUGUAGAAUAAUGAUGAUAAUACUCUCGGCUACAGUUCUCUAUGCUGAAAGCGCGGAAUACGGAUAUAUAUGCGCGACCCCUCUAGCGUUGAAGCAGUCUGGCGAUCAAGCUUCGAGAGAGCAAUUCACGUCUCCUCUUCUGGAUCACCUAUCCCACUCUGCAGAAUGGCAAACAUCGUUUCUGACUCUGGCAGGCAGGGUGAGUCGUAAAUCUUCGCUUGACGAGUGUUGGCGCGUCCCUUCUUGAGUUGCACGCUACAGAAAGGUAAGCUCAGGCCAAAGAGCAGGUCGGAUUGAAGCUUACCGAGUAGUCGACGCAUGGGCAAGAAUGUUACCGCCGAUAGGCUUCUUAUCAUUGCCAGCGUAGGGACCCGCCGACGCAUCCGGGUUUGACAUGACUUGAUUGGUGAUCACAACCGCGACGCCGAACUAAC